ACAUUAUCUGAGUUUAUAUCUGAGUUCAUCAUGUUUGUACUCUGCAAUGUUUCUUGAAUUCAUCCAUUCUUCGCAGGAAAGCUUUUUCCAUCAACUCUAAUUAAAACAGUGUGAAAAUUCGACGAUCUGUAUCUCUAAUAGAGUUGUAUUUUCCACAAUGGUGGCAAAAAGUGCUAGUUUUGGUUGAUUAUAAACGUCGAUCACGCGGGUGAGUUUGGUUAUGUGACGAACUUUCAUCGGCGAGUUACUCGUGUUCUAUGUGCGAAAGUGCUUGCGGUGUGGAUAUCAGAAAAAAGACGGCAUUUAAAAUGUUUGUGUACGACAUAUUGCACAAAGAAAAAGUUUAUCAGAUCGUUGUGAGCGACCUAAGAAGUUUUGGGGUUAAAUACCGCCACAAGAAAAAUGCAGUAAAAACUGAGAAACCGGAUAGAAAUGCAAGGCUCCCACAAAAGCAGGUCUUCAAAAUGCCUUUAUCGCGACUUUCACUGGACCUCGUGAAUCUGUCGUCCGGAGCGAUUGUUCACGUCCCAGUGUUCCUCGGUCAAGUAUCCUCCUAUCUUCUCAAACACAUUGAUCUCGAAGGAAUAUUCAGAAAAGCAGGUUCCAAAACUCGUCAAAGAGAAAUAGCAACUCGAAUGGACAACGGCGGCACCUUGGAAGACAAAGACCAUGGAAUCGAUGUUGCAAAUUGCUUAAAGACUUUCUUCCGAGAUCUUCCCGAGCCUCUGAUUCCUUAUGCCUAUCACGAUUUGUUUGUACGAUGUGUUAUGCUCAAGAAAAAUCGAGUAGAGGCUUUGCUUUUAGCUUGCCUGCUAUUGCCGCCCAUUCAUCUCAACACGUUGGCCUUUUUUAUGGAAUUUCUAAAAAAAGUCGCUUCCUACGAGGAACUUAAUAAAAUGGGGGCUGCUAAUUUAGCCACAGUUGUUGCACCCAACAUCAUGCCCCUGAGAGAAACUACCAUGGUCGCGGUUCAAUCUCGCUUGGAAACACAUCUCGUCGUUGCGCAGUUACUGAUCGAAAAUGCCGAGAAAAUCGGCAUCCUGCCCGAUCACGUGGCAGAAUCGAUUUCAGCUGAGAUAGUUGGCAGCGCGGAUAACGAACUCGACCGAUCUGAUUCGAUUUUGACAAAAAGUAAAAAGAAGAAGCAUCGUAGUGGAAGCCUCACACGUAAGCCCCAUCUCAGUGCCUCGAAUCUCAAUAUAAGAGUGCUAAGUGGUCUGAAGAAAAUGGUAGGUAAAAAUAAUUCACCACUGGACAUUGAGCCGAUCAGCGAUUCAUCGAAUUCGGUUUUUUUGUACACUCCGUCUCUCCGGAUAGGAAAAAAGCGGAAAGUGAUGGAACCGCCGAUUGAUGAGUCAAAUUUGAAGAAAAAAAAAGAUUUACUGGAAGCCAUGCCUGAAAGAACCUCUCUACGCUCACGAUACUCGUUUCUUUCCCCAGUUAACAAAAAUCCAAACCCCGUAAAAGACCGGAGUCCAGUUCAAAUGUCGAGGGUGCAAAAAUAUUUAGCAAAUAAAGUUCAUACAGAAAUGAAACCUAUUGAUAAAACGGAGAAGUCGAAGAAAGGAAGGCUCAGCUUCGAUCGAUUCGUGUCAAGGAGUAGACAAAAAAUGGUCGAAGCAGAGAGUGUGACAUGCAGAGAGCAACAAAACCCAAUCAGAGGAAGAAGUUGGAGCGUAGCCAGUCGUAUGUCCGAAUCGAAAAAGAAGCGCACAACCAUAAGUGACGAAUCCUUGCAUCGAUCUAUUCGAGAGAAGAAAGCUGUGAAAUUGAACUCUCGGAAGGAAUACGACGAAGUAUUCAUGGAUGCCAAUGUUAACUUAUCAGUCGAUGGCAGCGAGCUGGACUCGCAUGAAGCCAAUUGUAAAAGGUCGAAACGAACAGUCCCGGUCCAUUCCAAAAAAAGAAAUUCGGAUCCACAUAGUCCUGACAAAUCUAACAGAGAAUAUAUUUCCGACAACGAAGCAUCGUACCAAGAUUCUUCAUUGAGACAAGUGGAAGGCUCUCAGGGUGAGGAGUACGUCAAGAUUCCGAAAAGCGAAUAUGAGGAAAUAAAAAGGAGAGUUUCGACUAUAGAGACCCGAAUAUCUCAGGAGUUUAAAUCCAUCGCCAACGAAUCAAGGGAGGCUUUAACGACGCAUUCUGCUAAUAAAGUACAGGGUGAAUACGAGAAGACUUUGGAAGAGGCUGGUAUUGGAAGUACGAUGAAUGCUGAUCAUCUUGCGAAGAAGCUAGGGAAGGAAUUAAAAAUUAGAAGGUCUAGCGAACAAAAGAUUAUCAGAUCGCCGAGUGCUAGGAAAAUUGGUGUUAUGAGGCGGAGGUCGCAAGAAAAACCAGUGAGCAAAAGAGUGAGUCGAACUGCUUCAUGGCACAUUUCUGAUAGAAGAGAUUCUCAUUCCUUGAGGCGAACGACCCUAAAAUUAAAUAAUUUCUACUCAAAUACUAAUCUAAAUAACAGAGCGAAUAGCGUUGGCUACUCAAAAUCGGAAGAGUCGAGUGGGAAUUCAUUGAGACCAGAUACGUUCUGCAGUGCAGAGACAAAUGCGAGACUGAAUUAUUUACAAGAACAACUAACCACUCUGAUAACACACACUGCGGAACACACAAAAGGUUCGCUGAGCGACGAAGAUUUCAGCUCGAUUGAUGAUGAUGUUUUCCAGCCGGAGAGAAAUAAGAUGAAGUUGAAUGUGAGGAGAGCGUCUUCUUUCCAUGGGGGUGAAUUUAUUGACAAUUCAAGGUAUUUCAAUGAGAGGGUCAAGGAACUGAAAAAGUCGAAUAGUCAACAGAAUGUUAUUUUCAAUAACGAAACCUUUGUGGCAGAGAGUGCACCUUUGGAGAGGAAAGAAACGGUGAUUACGUGGAAAGACGCUGAAAAAUAUUUCAAAUCCGAAGGCCAUACAGCGACACCAGCACCAAUAACGGGCCGCGCAUCCGUAGCAAAACUGCGCACCCAAAAUGCCGGAAUGGUUUUAGCAAAAGCGAAGCUCUUUGAUGAAGCUAAACGAACUGUUAGUCACUCUGAAGUCUUGAGGGAAAGGCGGAUUAUCCAAAACCAAGACGUCAACCGGAGACAGACAGCCAGACUCAGUGGAAUCAAAAGUCUGGACCUGGACACUACUGACACUCCCAGGCGACAAGUUUAUCGAAAAAAGAAGAGUACGAGUCCCAAAAACCAAAAUGCCAAAGUUUUUUUAAAAAAUACCUCGAACGCAUCACCAAUCAUAAAAAUGGAACUUGUCAUCGUCCCAGCGCAAGAAACGCCACAACAUAGAAAAUACAAUGACUUUAAACAAACACCGAGUUACCAGAAAGAAAAUAAGGGAAUGAAAACACCCCCGAUCAGAAAAGAAUCCAAGAUCUACCAAGAGUCGAAUAUCAAUCUUUACAACUCUGAUGUAACUUAUAAAACUCCUCUUAUUAAGAAACCAUUGUCGGUUAAAACUCCCAGGAGUGCAAAGUCUUUGGCACGAAGGCCAGCAGUCGAAAUACGAAGAACUCCUUUAAAAUCAAUCGGACCACUCGCAACGCCUAGACGUCAGAGUCCCAGGAGUAUUUUGAAAACGUCUCAUUUGACUAGUAGGUGUUUUAGUUAAAUGCGAAAUCUUUAGAUGAGGUACUCGAUAAGGUGGAUAGAAAAAAAAUUGGAAAUAAAAAACAGCCUGAUGCUGAAAAGUUUCAUUGUGGGUCCCUUUUAACCUCUGUUAAAUUUAAAAACCCGUUCAAUAUUGGUAUUCCAUUUUUAUAAACCUGAACUAAAAUAAUUUUUUUAAGUUUGGCAAACUACUCCUUUUUGUUUUGAGCAUUCAGCAACUUUUUCGUACUAUUAAUUUACAUUAAAAAGGCAAAGAUUUCAGCAAUUAGAAUGGCCACAUCCUGAUUUAAUUUCCGAAGUCUUGUCAAUUAUUUCUUGGUAAAUUUCGAGUGUGAGAAAGUUUCUUCAGGCUCAUAAACGUUUUAGGAUAGUUUGCAAAGUUUUUACAAAUUAUUCUAGUUUUUUUUGUAUUAUAAAAAUGAUAUUUUGUCAGAAAUUUUUUUUUUCUAAACUCGGGGUUACACGUGUUGUGGGAAAUCCAGAAUGGAACUUUUCAGUGCUGAGCUGUUUUUAAUUUCCAUUUGUUGUAUUUUGGCCCACCCUAAUGCUUAGAUGUAUUUAAGAAGCCAAAGGAUGCUUCAGUGUGAUUUCCUUUUUUAAAGCAUAUUAUAUUUUUAUAUUAAGAUUUAAAGAUAAGGGCUCUUUAGAACUAGAAGCGAAAAGAAAAGUAGAAAAUUGAGUAACACUCUGACAAUUUCUUCUUCUUUUAUUAACAAAUAUACAAUCUGGCAAUGGGUUAUCUUGUUUGCAAAUUUGUUCUUUUUCCAGAAGAAAUCUAGAUCCCAUGAAUUAUUAAAGUGUCAUUGCAAUACAAGUCCUUCAUCUUUUCAAGAUGGACCGAAGUUUACAAAUAUUUUAAUAAUUCCAGAACAAGUUUUUUCCAAGGGAACAAAUUUCAAACUCGAUUUUUUUUUAAAUUUUGUUGAUCCUUUUUUAAAUAGAAGUUGUCAGAGUAGACUUUAAAAAAAACUCUUGAUUUUUGCAUCGCGACUUUUCGCACCUUUUCGUAGCAUUUAUUAAGAGCGAAACUCGAUGAAAAUUAUCCGUUGAAGGGAGCUUGAAAAUGUAUUUAUGGAUAUCUCACCGCAUACUUUAAUGUUAGAUUAAAGGCAAAAUAAAAUAGGAAUGUAUCGAAAUACUUGUCGCUAAAUUUAAAAAAGAAGGCAUUUGUGAAACGAAAUUUAUUCGCCUAUUUUUCACAAAUUGGAUAUCAAUCUACAUGUGUUAUUGUACUUAUAUUAUAGAACAAUAAAUCGUGUAAUAUAUAUUAU